CCAUGACGUCAGGCGCUGCUCUUGCGAUAGCGCUAUUGGUUGUCAUCAUCGCGCCGAAUGUGACGUCACAGCCAUACGUCCAACCAAAUGUCCGCACUGCGCGGCCGCUCGGCCACUUAGAAACCGCCACGUCACAGCCUUCUAGUCAAUCAAGACGCGAGAAUUUCGAAUGGAACACGAGGCGGGUUGGGAACAAGAAGGUCGCAACUAUAUCAAUACGGAAGGACGAGGAGCGCGACCGCCGCAGCGUGCCCCUGGGGGACGUCCGCGUCCCCUUCCACAAGCCGCCCACCGGGGCCGAGGGCGUAGAAAGGCCCUUGCACGCCCACCGACACCAUCACGGGGAUGACCAAUGGGGGCCUGAGGGGAGGCGAGGAGGAGAAGGAGGAGGAAAAAGAAGAGGAGAGGAGGAAGAGGACUACGUCGACGACGAGAGAAUAGGGGAAGGAUGGGCGGCCAGGGGCGGCGUGGACGCCCCCCCGCGGCAUCUGGUGGCGAGGACGGGCGCCUUGCAGCAGCUGCAGGGGGAGGUCUCGGAGGAGGACGACGAAGAGGAGGACGAGGAGGACGACGAGGGCGACGACGAGGGCCGGCCGACGUCGCUGGAGGCGUCGUCGCGCUUCCACGACCUGCUGUACGCCACGGGCCUGCGCGCCGACUCGCUCGUGCUCAGCAACGCGUCGGAGGCGCAGGAGCAGGACGACGAGAGGGCCGGGAGGAAGAGGAAGAGGGGCAAGAAGGGCAAGAAGGUCAAGAGGGAUAGGAAGAGGAGGGGCAAGGACGGUAAGAAGAAAAAGAAGAAGAAGAAGAGGAAGAAGAGCAGGAAGUGUAGAAAGCUGAAAGGGAAGCUGAAGAAGAUAUGCAAGAAGGACGAGGAGAUGUUCAGCUCCAUCGUCCGGAGCAACCCGAUGAGUGGCAGCGAGGCGUGCCAGUACCACAACCUGGAGGAGUGUUACAAGAAGGUCGGUCUCGUGGCCAACAAAACAUCCGUGGUGAAGUGUCGCUAUAGAGAGGAGUUCCUUGAGUGCAUGGAGGAGCAGCGCGAGGGGGUGUGCGACCCCAACUUCCAGACGGAGGGAGACAUGGUGGCGCUCAGGAACAGGAUUCGGGACGAGAUCUGGACCACCAACAGCUGCCUCAUUUCCGGAGUCGUCGAGGGAUGAAAGGUCGUCGUCAUCGUCGUCCUUGAGAAGUGGUCGUCUAGAGGAGAGGGAAGGAGGAAGAGAAAGGAGGAGGGUAGAGGAGGAAGUGCCUGUUAUUGCGGCUGCCUCUGCCUUGUUUCCGAAGUCGUCGAGGGAUGAACGAUGAAGAGGGAGACGGGGCAGAGCAAGAAAGGAAUAUUUAAAGGACAGAUGGAGAUAAUAACGAUAGAUGUUAAUGGGGAAUUCAUCGAGGGAUGAAAGAAAGAGGGAAUGAACAGAACAAGAUAACAGGAGUGGGAACAGCAAAUGAUAAGGAACACAAAUCGUCGUCGAGUUAGAGAGGACAGAAAAAGUGAAAGGAUAGAAAGAGGGAAAAGAGAGAGAACAGAAACAGUAGUGGCCUGAUGGUGUAGGAACUUGGAAACAGAUUGGAAGUUGUGACUGACUCUAAGAGGACGACUACAAGAAAAUUUGUUACAGGAAUCAACCCUCGUGAGUGCCUAGGUAUAGAGACAAUCUGAUACAUCUAUUUUUCUCCUUAUCUCUUUUCCUGUUAAACAAAAGCUCAAAAAAAUUAAUUCAAAAUGGAAUUAGUAGAAUCUGAAUCACGCGUGAAAAGACUUCAACUCGAAGCCAAGAAACGCGCGUGUUAAUUAUUAUCUUAUCCAAGAGAACGGCUUGUGAUAGUUGAUAAUGAUCACCAUAUGUAUCCGUGAUAAUGUGAAUGACUGUGUGUGUGUGUGCGUCUGUGUGUGUGCGUGUGUGUGUGCGUCUGUGUGUAUGUAAAACUGUGUGUUUUUGAUCUGCAUUACAGACAUUUAUUCGUGUUUUGAAGCCACGGCGUUGUUUGCAGUAAGUGGAGCGGUAAAUCAAAGGUGUUUGGCUGUCAAAUCACCACUCUUUGUUUUGUAAAUAUAACAGUUACUGUAACCCAUAACUUAGAUAUCAUAUAUAUUUUUUCUCUCUAAGAUCUUGCCCUUAUUAGGCGCCUUUAUCCACGUCUUUGGCAACUGUUUUGCUAUUGCGGUGUAGGAUCAGUUUAUCAAUUUUGUAUUUAUCACUUUCGUUAUGUUAUUAUUUAUUGAUUUGUUAUCUUCGUCGUGUAAAUAUACUGGUCCUAAAUUUAUGUAUAUUAUAUUGCAGAAUGGAAUAUUAAUGGCACGUUGGAGUGGCUUUAUACAAAUAUCAUCGGUAUAUAUAUAUAUGUUUAAGGAUCUAAUGUAGUUGUUUGUAAGACUACAGUGUCGUCUCCCUUUGGGUUAUAUUACUUCAUCGCCAUGAUACUUGCCUGUCGGUUUGUUUUGUAUUUUGUUAUGCAUUUCGAUGCUUUAUUAUUGCUAUUUUCAUCAUAAUUCUCUUGGUAGUUCAAAUGAUGAUUUUUAUAUUUGAAGCGAUAUUUCUAUUAAUAUUAAUAUCGCUGAUAUUGGUUCUAUCAGUCUAAUUAGAGAUAUGAUGUUUGUUAUUACCAUUUUUAUUAUUAUUAUUAUUAUUAUCAUUUUUUUACUGCUGGAUCAUCAUCACUUAUAUCACGGUAAUUAAAUAUCAUCAUAGUUAAAAGUUGAUCUCUCCCCAGUAUGCCUUGGCGCAAGUAAAAAAAUGUGAUAAUUAGGAACCAAAGAGCACUAGACGAAUAGAAAGUAAGCAGCAGUCGCUCAGAACCGAAUUAUAGAACCGUGCAGUACUGCUGACUUACCCGUCUGCGGUUGUGUUGUUAUUUUCUGUGUAGUAGUGCAAGGAAAGAAGGAUCUGGAUAGGUUGCCAAUAUCUGCCUAUUCCUCCUCCGUCCUUCCAUCUCACUAUCUUUCUCCUCCUCCACCUUAUUUCCCUCUCUUCUCUUCCUCUUUCUUCUCCUUCCUCCUCUCUUUCUUUAACUUCUGCUUCUCUUCAUCCUGCAUCUUCCUCUUCCUCAUUUCCUCGUUACGACAAUAUCGGUAACAUAUUGCGUUCAGUUUGAUUCCCGAUUGUUAUUCGUCAUUAUAAGAAGCAGUUGUCGUGGUUAGUGGUUUUAAGAAUAGGGUCUCCUAGUUUUAUUACUAUUUCUAUAAUCACUAUUGCAUAAGAUUACAAAUCAUUAUUAUCAUCAUUAUUUGUUUUUUAUUCUUUUAUUUUUUAUUUUAUUAUUAUUAUUAUUAUUAUUAUUUUUUUUUUUUUUUUUUUUUUUUUUUUUUUUUUGCUUUCAUUGUCCUAAAAUUUAUUCUUAUUUUAGACGCAUUAAGGAUAAAGCUGUUUUCAUUUUCUUGUUUAUUUAGUGCAUAUAACAGGCAGGAAUAAGGAAUAUCGGAUAAAAGGUAAUCAAUGUAACAAUCAGUCUUUAGAGAAAAAAUAGACAAAACAUGCAGGGAAUGGAAGAAUUGAAGAUAUGAAAAAUAAUUGUGGUAUAUUUUCAUAUUCAAACCCGAAUGGUGAAGGGAAUGGUGCCAGGACAGAGACUGACUGGUGUCCCUCCACGAUCAAACCUAAUCAUUUCAGGCUCAUUGUGACUUGGCAUACUGGCUUAUAGCAACUCAUCAAAAUCAUCUUGUGUUUCCAAAUCUAUCCUUGUAAAUUUGCCAUUUUUUCUUUCACAAUUCAUAUGCUGAUCACAAUCUGACUGUGCAAAAUACGAGAACUUUUUAAAGGUAUAUUUCAUGCUUCGAAAUCAUACAUGACUAGACUUUCA